GUUUGCGUGGCCGCGGACGCCGGAUGCUGGUCGCUCGCGUCCUCCCCUUGUCCGCCCCUGGCCCGCCUGUCUGUCUCCCAAAACACAAACCCCUCGCACACAUCUCCCGCCGCUCCGCCGCCAGCCAAGGACCGGCGAUUUGGGAGAGGCGUCGACGCCGGCCACCGUCGCCGACACGCCGGCAAGCGGGGCGGAAGCAUAGGACGCGGCCCCGCGCUGCUUUCGCCGCGUCGUAGCAGAGUCGGAGGACGCCUUCGCCGUCGCCGCUGUCCUCCCACUGUCGCGAGACCUCCCGCCGUUCGCAGCUGCGCCGUUGCCGCCGGAGGUGAGCUCUCGUGCACCGUGUUCGCAGACCGCAAGUCGGCCGAGACGACCAUGGCCUGCAGGUCCCUACGGACGCAUUGGAUGGCCUCCGCGUGCGAGGUGUUCGAUGAAAUGGGCAUACUAAAAUUUGUCCCUCUUCAUCUGUAGAUCAUGGACAACGACGAUGACUACUUCUUCAAGAACUUCAUCGACACGUCGUCCGACGAGGACUCGGACGACGAAUUUUUCACGGAUGCUGCGCUGAUCAUCCACGAUCACAUUGUCUCGCAGAUCCCCGUGCACCGGGGGUCCUUGCCGGGGCGCGCCGCCGCCUUGGACCGCAAAAGAGAACGCGGCCACGACCAGCUCUUCACCGAUUACUUCCAACCCAAGGCAUUGUACACGCCGGCCUUGUUUCGCCGUCGUUUUCGGAUGUCCAGACCGUUGUUCCGCCGGAUAAUGGAUGGCGUCAAGCUCUACGAUGACUACUUCCACGCGAAAGUGGAUGCAAUUGGCAAGGUAGGCCUCUCUUCGUACCAGAAAUGCACGGCAGCGAUUAGGAUGCUUGCAUAUGGUGUUGCCGGUGAUUUCGUAGAUGAGUACACGCGCAUGAGUGAGUCUACCGGCUUGGAAGCGAUGUACAGGUUUUGCAGAGCUGUGAUCGGUACGUUCGGAGAAGAGUACCUCCGGCAACCUAAUGCAGCGGACACAGCUCGUCUGUUGUCAAUCAACGCUUCCAGGGGGUUUCCUGGGAUGCUUGGCAGCAUAGACUGCAUGCACUGGGAGUGGAAGAACUGCCCCUUUGGUUGGCAGGGGGCAUACAGUGGCCAUUCUGAGGGGUGCACAGUCAUUCUUGAAGCUGUUGCUUCACAGGAUACAUGGAUUUGGCACUCAUUCUUCGGAAUGGCUGGCUCGCACAAUGACAUCAAUGUGCUUCAGCGCUCUCCGGUGUUUGAUAGGCUAGCGUACGGUCGGUCCCCUGAUGUGGAUUUUGAGAUCAAUGGCCACCACUACACCAAGGGGUACUACCUUGCUGAUGGUAUCUAUCCAUCUUGGGCUACACUUGUGAAGACAAUCCGAAAACCCAACUCAGAGCAGGAGGCAAGGAAGUUCUUCAUGCACACCGUGAAAUUCGAGAUCUAG